AUGGCUGCUCAUGUUGAGAAGGUCAGGAUCCUUGGAAAGGACUCGAUCCAUGUCGGGUACGAUCUCCAGGACCACAUUGUCGAACAAUUGCUUCUCACUGAAAAAUCAUCAACUUAUGUGAUUAUUACUGAUUCAAAUAUUGUUAAAAAAGGUCAUUUAGAUACUUAUCUUUCAAAAUUCCAAAGUAAAUUAAAUCCAGAUCAAAGAGUUCUUUCAUAUGUUGUCUCUCCAGGUGAAGCUAACAAAACUAGAGAUACUAAAGCUAAAAUUGAAGAUUUCUUAUUAUCAAAAGGUUGUACUAGAGAUACUGUUAUUUUAGCUAUUGGUGGUGGUGUUAUUGGUGAUAUGAUUGGUUUUGUUGCUGCUACUUUCAUGAGAGGUGUUAGAGUUGUUCAAGUCCCAACCACUUUAUUAUCAAUGGUUGAUUCUUCAAUUGGUGGUAAAACUGCUGUUGAUACUCCAUUAGGUAAGAAUUUUAUUGGUAGUUUUUGGCAACCACAAUAUGUUUUCGUUGAUUUAACAUUCUUAUCAACUUUACCUGAAAGAGAAUUCAUUAAUGGUAUUGCUGAAGUUAUUAAGACUGCAGCUAUUUGGAAUGAAGAAGAAUUUACUAGAUUAGAACAAAAUUCAAGUAAAUUUUUAUCAACUAUCAAAAAAAGAGAUUCUCAAGGUAAUACUGAUUUAACUCCAAUUAAAGAACAUGUUUUCAAAUUAGUCACUGAAUCAAUUAAAGUUAAAGCUGAAGUUGUUUCUGCUGAUGAAAGAGAAGGUGGUUUAAGAAAUUUGUUAAAUUUCGGUCAUUCCAUUGGUCAUGCUUAUGAAGCUAUUUUAACUCCACAAGCUUUACAUGGUGAAUGUGUUGCCAUUGGUUCUGUUAAAGAAGCUGAAUUAAGUAGAUAUUUGGGUAUCUUAUCACCAGUUGCAGUUGCUAGAUUAGCUAAAAUUUUCACUGCUUAUGGUUUACCAAUUUCUAUUGAUGAUAAAAAUUUUAGAAAAAUUAUCAAAAAUAAACAAACUCCAGUUGAUACAUUAUUACAAAAAAUGGCUAUUGAUAAGAAAAAUGAUGGGUCCAAGAAAAAAGUUGUUUUAUUGAAAAGUAUUGGUGAAUGUUAUGAAAAAUCUGCUUCAUUUGUUAAUGAUGAAGAUUUAAGAGUUGUUUUAACUGAUGAAAUUAAAGUUUUCCCAUUUCAAAACGAUUCUAGUUUCAAUGCUACAAUUAUUCCACCAGGUUCAAAAUCUAUUUCAAAUCGUGCUUUAGUUUUAGCUGCUUUAUCAAAAGGUGAAUGUAAAAUUACUAAUUUAUUACAUUCAGAUGAUACUGAACAUAUGUUGAAUGCUAUUAGAAAGUUGCAAGGGGCCACAAUAGAGUGGCAUAACCAAGGUGAAGUUCUUGUUAUACGUGGUACUGGUGGGUUGUUGAAAUCCACCAACCAAGAGCUUUACCUUGGUAACGCUGGUACUGCCUCAAGAUUUUUAACUUCAGUCGCUACAUUAGUUAAAUCUCAUGAAAAUCAAAACCAUAUUAUCUUAACAGGUAAUAAACGUAUGACUGAACGUCCAAUUGGUCCAUUGGUUGAUGCUUUAAGAUCAAAUGGUGCUGAAAUUUCAUAUUUGAAAAAUGAAGGUUCAUUACCUUUAAAAAUUUCAACAACUCCAUUAAAAGGUGGUCAAAUUGAAUUAGCUGCUACAAUUUCAUCUCAAUAUGUUUCUUCAUUGUUAAUGGCUGCUCCAUAUGCUGCAUCACCGGUUACUUUAAAAUUGACUGGUGGUAAACCAAUUUCAAUCUUGUAUAUUGAUAUGACAAUUGCAUUAAUGAGUCAAUUUGGUAUUGAAGUUAAAAAAUUACCAAAUUAUACUUAUGAAAUUCCAAAAGGUUCAUAUGUUGCUCCAUCAGAAUUUGUUAUUGAAUCUGAUGCUUCUUCAUCAACUUAUCCAUUGGCAUUUGCUGCAUUAACAGGUUCAACUGUUACUGUUCCAAAUAUUGGUUCAAGUUCAUUACAAGGUGAUGCAAGAUUUGCUAGAGAUGUCUUAAAACCAAUGGGUUGUAAAGUUAUUCAAACUGAAACUUCAACAACUGUUACAGGUCCACCAAGAGGUGGUUUAAAACCAUUACCAGAAGUUGAUAUGGAACCAAUGACUGAUGCAUUUUUAACUGCUUCAGUUUUAGCUGCUGUUGCCACAGAUGGUAAAGAAAAUAGAACAAAUAUUGUUGGUAUUGCAAAUCAACGUGUUAAAGAAUGUGAUCGUAUUGCAGCUAUGGUUCAUCAAUUACAUAAAUUUGGUGUUACUGCAAAUGAAUUACCAGAUGGUAUUUCAAUUCAAGGUGUUAAAGUUUCAGAUUUGAAAACUCCAGAAGAUGGUAUUUUUUCAUAUGAUGAUCAUCGUGUUGCUAUGAGUUUUUCAUUACUUGCUGGUAUUACACCAAAAGGUCCAGUUACUAUUGAAGAAAGACAUUGUACUGGUAAAACAUGGCCAGGUUGGUGGGAUGUUUUACAUUCUGAAUUAGGUGCUAAAUUAGAUGGUUAUGAACCUGCACAUAUUGUUGAUGUCAAACCAAAAAUUAAUAACAAGAGUAUUGUAAUCAUUGGUAUGAGAGCUGCUGGUAAAUCUACUUUAAGUAAAUGGAUUUCAUCAUCAUUAGGUUAUAAAAUUAUUGAUUUAGAUACUGUAUUUGAAUCUAAAUAUGGUGAUAUUAGAGAAUUUAUCAAAUCUGAUGGUUGGCCAAAAUUCCGCGAAUUAGAAGAACAAGUUUUCCAAGAAACUUUAAAUUCUAAUCCAACUAAGACUGUUAUUUCAACUGGUGGUGGUAUUAUUGAAAGUUCAGUUGCUAGAGAUGAUCUGAAAAAAUAUGGUCAACAAGGUGGUAUUGUCUUAUAUAUUGAACGUAAUUUAGAUCAUACAGUUCAAUUCUUAUCAGAAGAUGCUACAAGACCAAGAUAUGUUGAAGAAAUUGAACAAGUUUGGAAAGUUAGAGAACCAUUAUACAAUGAAUCUUCAAACUUCCAUUUCUUUGCACCUUUCUGUAAUUCAAAUAAAGAAUUUUUAGAAUUGAGAAAAAAUUUUGAACAUUUUAUUUUUAAAAUUAUUGGUUCACAUGAGGUUAAUUUUAAUGAAUUUGAUAGAUCUUUUAAUUAUGUUAUUGAUAUUGAAGAUUUAGAAGAUGAAUCUGAAUCUUUAGAAACUAAAACAUAUGGUGCUAAUUCAAUUGAAAUUGUUUUGAAAAAAUCAUAUUCUAAAAAAUUCAUUGAACAAAACAUUGCAAUUUUAAGAAAAUUUAGUGAUUUACCAACAAUUUUCACAUUUUUACCAACUUCAGAUCUUAAAACCUAUGAAGAAAUUAUUAACAUUGCUUUUAAGAAUGGUGUUGAUUUUGUUUCAUUAGAUUUAACAUUAGAUGCUGAAUUAUUAAGAAGAUUGAUUGAUAAUAAAGGAUUUACUAAAGUUAUUGGUACUUUUGUUGAUUCUACUGGUGAAUUGAAAUGGGGUAAUGAUGAUUUCUUAGGUUAUUAUAAAUUUGCACAAGUUAUUAAUUCUGAUUUAAUUAAAUUAGUUGGUGUUGCUUCAUCAAUUGUUGAUAAUUUUGAAUUAGAAUCAUUUAGAUCUAAAUUCCAAGAUUCAACAUUAAUUUCUUAUAAUACUUCAAGAAAUGGUGUUUUAUCAAGAGUUACAAAUCCUUUAUUAACACCAGUUACAUUCAAUGAAUCAAUUGAAACUUUAAAUUCAUUAUUUUAUCAAAUUGGUGGUGAUGUUCAAAAGAAAUUUUAUGUUGUUGGUUCACCAAUUGGUCAUUCAAAAUCACCAAUUUUACAUUCAACAGGUUAUAAAAUUUUAGGAUUACCACAUUCAUUUGAAAAAUUUGAAACUGAUGAUGUUAAUAAAGUUGUUGAAUUGAUCAAAUCUCCAAACUUUGGUGGUGCAGCUGUUACAAUUCCAUUAAAAUUAGAUAUAUUGGAACAUUUAGAUGAAUUAACAGAAUCUGCUUCAAUUAUUGGUGCUGUUAAUACAGUUAUUCCAUUAGGUAACGGUAAAUUUAAAGGUGAUAAUACAGAUUGGAUUGGUAUUAAAGAUUCAUUAUUAGCUAAUGGAUUCCCAACAAUUUCUAAAGAUUCCAAAGUUAAUGGAUUAGUUAUUGGUGCUGGUGGUACUUCACGUGCUGCAAUUUAUGCAUUACAUAACUUGGGAUGUAAUCAAAUUUAUUUGAUUAAUAGAACAUGUACCAAAUUGGAGCUUAUCAAAGAAAGUUUCAAAGAUUUAAAUGUAAAAAUUAAGAUUUUUGAAACAAUUGAUGAUAUUGAAUCUUCUGAACCGGUUGGUGUUACAAUAAGUUGUAUUCCAAGUGAUUUAUCAAUUGAUUCUAAAUUAUUAAAUAAAUUGGAAAGAUUAUUAAAUAAAGGUAAUUCAAAUAAAGAUGUUGUUGGAUUUACACCAAUUUUAUUAGAUUGUGCUUAUAAACCAAGAAUCACACCAAUUAUGGAAUUAGCAAAGAGUAAAUAUAAUUGGGAUAUUGUUAGUGGUGAAGAAAUGCUUGUUAAUCAAGGUGUUGCACAAUUUAAGAUUUGGAAUAAAUCAAUUGCACCAUAUAAGGCAAUUUUUGAAGCUGUUAAUAAUUAA